AUGACACCACAAGCCAAAGGUCACCAAGGUCUGUCUGCAGGCAACCUCUCUGUAGAGCAUCCUGGACAUCAUUCAGAAGGGACGGAGCUCUGUGUUGACCAGGCUUGGGACCAGGAGAAGGGUAGCAGCAGCAGACAGGACGUGUGGGAAUCAGGAGAAUUCACACCAGAUUUCCAGGAGCUGGAAAGCGGGGUGCUUCAGCACAUGUCUGAGUGGCAUGGACUGGCUAGUUUGUCCCAAGAAGACUUCCAGGAGAAAAGGCCAAAGGAGAUGGGUUCCCAGGAGGCCCAGCUGGCUGGCCUGAGGCAGGAGAUGGUGGCCGUCAGCCAGAGACAGGCUGCAGUGGCCCAAGAAAUACACUUUUGGCGAGAAAAGAUGGUGGCCCUGCGCAGUGACAUGAGUCCCCUGAUGGAGUCUCAGGUCCCAGCUUUAAUCCAGGAAUGCUUUGUUGGAGACAAGGGCACUAAGGCCAGACUUAUACAGCUAGAGGAGGUGCAGGCUCAGCUUUGGGACCUGGAGCAAAGAGUCCCAAGUCAUAUGGCAGAGGAGCAGGACAAGACUGCCAGCAAAGUUGCUGCUGACUUGAGGCUGACCCUUCUGGAGGAAGGAGUGACCACUAGAGUGACAGAGGAGAAAGUGCAUGAGAUCGUGCAGCAGGCCCUGAAACUCUAUAAUGAUGAUCUCAUUGGGCUGGUGGAUUAUGCCCUGGAGUCCUCAGGGGCCAGCAUCCUUAGUAGCCGCAGCUCAGAGACCUAUGGCACCAGGACGGCCGUAAUCAGUCUGUUUGGAAUCACCUUGUGGUAUCAUUUCCAGACCCAAAGAGCCAUCCUCCAGCCAAAUGUCUACCCCAGCAACUGCUGGGCAUUCUGGGGCCCCCAGGGCUUUGUUGGGGUUCGCUUGUCUGCCCACAUCCACCUUACUGCCGUCACUUUGGAGCACAUGCCCAAAGCCCUGUCCCCAGUCAGCAACAUCACCAGCGCCCCCAAAGACUUUGUCAUCUUGGGGCUCAAUGAAGAUUCCCAGGUGGAAGGGCCUGGCCCUUGCACAGUUCACCUAUGA